UAUCAGUUCAAACAUCAUCUACAACAAUUUACAACAUUGCCUUAGUGAAAUGGAGUUCCUGUCCACCACGCAAAGAAAUUUCAAAACGUUUGCCGGAAUUUUGGGAUGUCUCCAAGGUUUAACAUGGGUAGUGUUGUCAAUCAUCUAUCUAAUUAUUUACAACCAGGAUAAUUGGGACAGUAUUGUCGACUAUGUUUCUUACAUGGGCGAGGUUCAGUACUUUUUAUACAUUUUUUAUGUUAAAGAUGUUGGCGUACAAAGAGGCGAUCCAGUUUUGACCCCCGAUGGUUUCAUCGUAGUUGUGUGUAUUUACCUUGUCUUGAAUUUGGCCUGGAUUUUAGCUUCACUUAACAUUCUCUUCAGGCAAAAUAAUAAAGUAAUCAUUUCUCUAAAACUAUGGAGCCUUAUCACGUGGUUGAAUUGCCUGUAUGACUUUAUUGUAACUGUUAUACUUGGAACAGAUCACCAGAAAUGUUUAGACAUAGCCAGCGAUCUCGAAAGGGCCAACAAAAUAGCUAUAGAAACUGGCUGUACCAAUGGAAUCAUACCAGUCUUGAUGAUAGCAGCAAAAGGAUUUGUUUUAUGGCUGGUUAAUUUUGCUUUUCUUAUUGUCCUUCUGUCAAUAGCCAACAAACUGAAACAGGAACAGAACGCAAACGUUUUCUCCAAUUUCGAUAACUCUAAGCCAUAUUUCCCCGAAACUGGACAUCCACAAACACCUUACCCCCAAAUUAAUUCUCCUCAUCCUCACCGCCACUCUGUACCAGCCAACCCAUAUCAUCGACAGAACUCCCAGCUUCAAGGCUCUCCCAUUUACACCAGUCCUGUCGCCCAAAAACAAAAGUUCGCUCCCAGCCCACCUCCAAAACCUACCAGAUCAUGGAAUGUUCACACAGGCUCACCCCGAAAUUCACCAGCGUCUUCGUACAGAACCGACAUGAAUAAUAGCAACAGAUCGUCGCCGACUGUGUCAAGAGUACCAUCCCGGCAACAAAUUCUGUCAAACCAGACCCAACGACCUUUUGUGCUUCACUCUCCUCCUAGACGACACUGACUGAGUAUUAUUUGUAAAUAGUGAUAGAGUUAAGUUGUAUAGAGGUCGUUUUUAAUAAAUGCAAUUGAAGAAA